UGUGUGUACACUAACAGCGCAGUGUUGUGACUAAGGUUCGUGAUUAAGUAAGCAAUGAGUUCAGCGGCUUUUACACCAUUUUUGGUAUGAGUCCAACAGUGGGAUGUGAGCACAGCUUACGUGUCGCAAAGUGCCCACCAGAGUGGGCGCGAUGGCGCGGCAUCAAGGUGUGAGGGGCGCCGGCGCAGACUCACAAUUCUCACAAAAGUCACAAACCGUGAGUCAGUUGCGAGAAGCGCGCGCGCACUCUGCGACACACGAUACGAACGACUCUCGCGACCAUUAUUUACUUUGUACAUGGCAAUUGUUUGACGAUAUUAUAUUAUGUGAUAAGUUUUUAUUUAAAAUUAUUUAUACGUGGUUAUUUAAGAAUCUCCUAUAUCAAAUAAAUAUAUAAAGUUUUAUGUUAUAAAAUCGUGGGACCAAAAUGACGAUAAAAAAUAAAAAGACUAAGCAAUCAAAAACUUCAGAAGUGACUUCUUCUGGUAGUGCAUCGACUAGUGUCCAGAAGACAAGUUCAACCACUUCGGUGCAGAGCAGCAGUAACACACUGCAGAAGGUCAGCUCGUCUGGUAAGAAGGUCCGCUAUAUCGAGGUAAAGGUCGAGGAAGAUGACCCACUUAUGAUAACCGACAUUUCCGAUCACACUUCGAUCGCCGGCUCUACCAUAUCGGAGCACUACAACAGUCACCCGCACUACAUCAUAACCGAAGCUCCUUCUAUUAGUGACUUGUCUCAAACACGAUCACUGGAACAUCACGUAAGUGAUAUGGCACAGUCAACUACUGGUGAAUACGUAUCUAGUUCGGUGCUACAGGAAUCUUCCUCGUCGCACCAACAGAAUUCUAAAUCGGAAACAUUCCAGACAUCAUCGACUUCUGUGCAGCAGUCGGGUUCUAGUCAUAGCCAAUCAUUUGACAGAACUACUGAUUCUUCUGCUCCUAAUCAAACUCUUAAUACCGGCUUCAUUGACAACUCGUCGUCUAACGUUUCUUCUUCUAACACAUAUUUGAAACGAUCUCAAAAUGCAAACGCUACUGAUUCCUUUCUUCAGUCAGAGCGCCAGAGUUUAGUGAAUCAAACGUCAACAUCUAGCUCAAAAGAUCACCAAAAUAUUAAACAAGGCGACCGCGUAACUUAUCGCAACUCUCCUGAACCGUCACAGAGAAAACAAACUGUUCGUUCUGAUUCAUCAAACUUUUAUGGAGGCGAAGGCAGCUUGGACAAAAGAGGAAAUGUCAAAGAAUAUAGCAGCACUUCACAAACAAGUGAAACUAAAAGUAGCAACAUCACGAAGUCUUCCUCGUCCUCGUAUGUCGUCGAAAUUGUUGACGGCAAAGAACGAAUCAUUGAUAGUUCUAAGAGGGAGUGGGGUGAUGCUCAAGAACAUGCAUCAAAGGAAGCUUAUGCAAGCAUUAGUGGCACUGAUAUAAAACCACAGUCAGCUCACAGCAUCCAGAACUAUGAUAUGAAAUCAAAUUUCGACACAGGCAAGGACGGGAAAAAACCAACCAGUGAAAUGAUUGUUAAGGAAGACUCUAAAUUCAUUAAAGAUGGCAAUCAAAUGACCUCGCAUUCCAGUGUCAUCACAGAGAAAGAUAACGUUGCUAAGCAUCAACAAUAUAUCACAAACCGCGAGCACUUAACAGCUGAUCAACAACAUCUGCUUAACCGCGAUCAACAGUAUAUAACUCAUCACGAUAAUGUGGCGUCGAACCAACAACAAAACACAACUCGACAACAACUGACAUCUGAUCAACAGUACACAACACGUGAUCACACUACGACUGAUGAACAGUACACAACUCGUGAAUAUUUAACAUCCGAUCAGAGAACAACAUCCACUAAAGAUGAUCGUUAUCAGUCAAGGAACGUUUCUGACAACACUAAUAUAAUCCGGAAAGAUGUUGAUAAUGUCACAAUCAAUAAAGGUACAACUGACGAUCGACGGCGCAAUAUGAAUCAAACGGAUUCAUCCAACUUUUAUGGCUACGACACCACCAUUCAAAAUGAACUAAACAAAGUGGGUAAAAUAUUACAAGUGCCUAAUACAGAAAACAUAAACUUUUCUACAAAAAUAAUGAAGAGUAACACAAGCAGUGCUCAGCAAGCUUCUACUUCCUCUUACGUUGUUGAAAUUGUUGAUGGUAAAGAGCGAAUCGUAGACACCUCUCACAGAGAAUGGGGAGAUAAUAAAGAACAUUCUACUUACGAGAAAAGUCACAAUGUAAGUGGUACAGGGAUGAAACCUGAGCAUGAGUAUACGAGACACGUCCUUGACAAAGAAUCUCACUAUGACACUGGUAAAGAUGGUAUACCAAAAAGUUCCUUACAAGUAUCAGAAGAAUCGGCUUUGUAUAAGAAUGGGAAAGAAAUAGCCUCGACUAGCAACCGGUACGGUGGUGAUUUUACUAAGAAAAAAGCAAUUACUGAAUAUGUCCCCGAUGACAGAGAUGAUGUGCAUAAUAAACGUAUUCAUGACACGACUGAUAAAGAUAUUCAUACUACGACUCAUAAGACCUUGUCAACUGACACUCAGUCCCACACAACAGAUAUUAGGGAUGUGAAAGACACUGUUGACUUUGUGACUACCGAGAAAGAAAACUUAACAAAAGAAUCCACAUCUACCACCACUUCUCAAUCGAAAGAUACUUUGACUACUUAUGAGAGGAGCACCGGGACAUGGAAUGGAAAGUUUGUGUAUGAAAAAGAUGAUGACAGGCCCAAAAGACCGAAGGAAAUGUCGCCGUUCGGAAGACCUGAACAACCGAGACAUCACUUAAAGCGACAAGAUACAGAAGAAAACAUAAUUUUGUCAUCAAGAGAUAUAAAAGAUUUUACAUCAAUUAGUGAUCUGCGAAAGAUUAUUGAAACCUCAAAGUUUAACAAGGAUGUACGAGUAAGCAACAAAAAUAUAGUUAUUAACAGAAACAUUGAUGACCGUAUCCUGAAGGAAAUAAUCGAGACUGUUAAGAAGUAUCCAUUUAAAAGGAUCGAAAAAGUGACAUUGGGAACUAAAAUUAAUGAAGAUGUAAAAGAUCUUUAUGAAGGAAUUGAUACAGAGGAAACUACUGUAUUGACAUCCACUACUGGCGAAACAACCAGAAAAGCUUUUGAAGUAGAAAAGAAUAGAAGUCAAAUUGAAGUUACUCGUUAUAUCACUGAGAAUGGCAUUACAAGAAAAAUUACGACCUAUGAGGAUGCUAAAGAGGACGACAAGAUCAGAACGGACGUCUACGUCGACAAGAGCGCGUUAGACUUCAAAAACUUGCGCGAUGUCCAAACGACCGAAGACGUUAUUCGAGAAUACGACGUGGUGGACCGUGCUAUCACGGACACCACGAGGGAGGAUACCACCAUCAGCACCGUCUACGAUGAGAAGAUCACUGAUGACAGGACCACAAUGCGAGACGACAGGACUACGAUCGAAGAGACCGUCAUCAUUGACGAGACCAGGCCAAGAGGAGGCCCCAAGAAACCGGAAAAGAUUGUCACUAAGGAACAGUGCAUCUGCGAAAUCUGCACUUGUGGGCGUCAUCGCUGCCCACACAACGAUGUCCCGGAGCCAUUGUUCGAUGUGGAGCACACGACGAGCGUGGUCUCCGCGUACAAGCGCGACUACGACGAGAAACACGUGACCCGCACCACCGCUGUCCACCACGAGGAUCACCUUCGUCUUGAAGGCGACUUCCAGGAGCCAGAGCGUCCACAGUGGCAACCCGCUGAGCGACCCAAACAAAGGAAACCUGAAGAUAAUCUUAAGCCUGAAGGCGACUUCGAGCGAAGGCAACCUGAUGAAUGGCGUCCUGGUGAGAGGGCUCCCGUAAGGAAACCAGAAGAUAACCUACGUCCUGAAGGAGAUUUUGAAAGACACAAACCCGAAGAAUGGCGUCCUGGUGACCGAGCACCUGUCCGCAGGCCCCAUGACAACUUGCGACCAGAAGGGGAAUUCACUACUCCCGAAAAAGAACCCUGGAGACCGGCUGAGAGGGAAAAGCCUAAGAAGCCAGAAGAUAAUUUAAAACCUGAAGGUGAAUUUGAGAGACGCAAGCCUGAAGAUUGGCGUCCUGGUGACAGAGCUCCCACUCGCCGUCCGGAAGAUAACUUAAAGCCAGAAGGUGAAUUUGAGAAACGUCAACCAGAAGACUGGCGGCCAGGUGACAGAGCUCCUGUGCGACGGCCCGAGGAUAAUUUACGCCCCGAAGGAGAUUUCGAGAAACGCCGACCAGAAGAGUGGAAACCAGGUGAAAGGGCACCAGUGAAGCGCCCAGAAGAUAAUUUGAGACCUGAAGGCGAUUUUGAGAAGAGAAGACCAGAGGAGUGGCGUCCCGGAGACAGAGCGCCUGUUCGACGACCUGACGACAACUUGCGACCUGAGGGUGAUUUCACAACACCAGAAAAGGAGCGUUGGCAACCAGCAGAGCGUCCCCAGCAAAAGAAACCACAAGAUAAUCUUAAACCAGAAGGUGAUUUUGAACAACCGAAACACGAUGAGUGGCGCCCAGCAGAACGUGUCACUCAAAAGAAGCCCAAGGAUAACUUAAGACCUGAAGGUGAAUUUGAGCAACCGAAACAAGAUGAAUGGCGUCCAGCUGAAAGACCAACAGCUACAAAACCGAAAGAUAAUUUAAGACCAGAAGGUGAUUUUGAACAGCCGAAGCAGGAUGACUGGCGUCCAGCAGAACGCGUAACCCAGAAACGCCCUCAAGACAAUCUUAAACCAGAAGGUGACUUCGAGCAGCCAAAACAAGAUAAAUGGCGUCCAGCGGAACGUGUCACUCAGAAAAAACCCCAAGACAACUUAAAACCAGAAGGGGACUUUGAGCAGCCGAAACAUGAUGAAUGGCGCCCUGCAGAAAGAGUUGUUCAGAAGAGACCUCAAGACAACCUUAAACCAGAAGGUGAUUUUGAACAGCCAAAACACGACGAAUGGCGUCCAGCUGAACGGCCUAAGCAAAAGAAACCCCAAGAUAACCUUAAACCAGAGGGUGAUUUCGAACAACCAAAACAUGAUGAAUGGCGUCCUGCAGAACGACCCAAACAAAAGAAACCCCAAGACAACCUCAGACCAGAGGGUGAUUUUGAGCAGCCAAAACAUGAUGAGUGGCGUCCAGCAGAACGUGUUACUCAAAAGAAACCACAAGAUAAUCUUAAACCUGAAGGGGACUUUGAACAGCCAAAACACGAUGAGUGGCGCCCAGCAGAACGCGUCACACAGAAAAAGCCUAAAGAUAAUCUUAAACCAGAAGGAGAAUUUGAGCAGCCAAAACACGACGAGUGGCGUCCGGCUGAAAAACAAACACCCACAAAACCUAAGGACAAUUUGCGGCCAGAAGGAGAUUUCGAACAGCCAAAACAUGACGAAUGGCGGCCUGCUGAACGUGUUACCCAAAAGCGACCACAAGAUAAUCUUAAACCCGAAGGUGACUUCACAACGCCUAAAAAAGAUGAAUGGAAGCCGGCUGAGAGACCACAACAGAAGAAGCCUACAGAUAAUUUGAAACCAGAGGGUGACUUCGCUAAGCGACAGCCCGAUGAGUUUGUUCCAGCAGAAAAAGCGGUAGUGAAGAAACCUGAAGAUAACUUGCGGCCUGAAGGUGAUUUUACGACAACACGUACCAUAACGGAAGAUUACAAAGUGGUACGAGGGGAACGAGCUGAAAUCAUCCGACGAACUGACAACAUUAUCACAGAAGGAGAGUUUACAGAUACUACUACUUCACGUACGGAGUAUACUGUGAAACCUGUGGAAAGGCCGAAACCAGUACGCCGUAAUACAUGGACAAAGAUAGAAGGAGACAUGACCACAGAAACGACAUCACAUUCAGAAUUUGUUGACUACACUGAUACUGUAGAAAGAACAACACUGGUUGCGAAGAGAACCGAUAAUUUAAUACGAGAGGGUGAAAUAGAAUUUGUUACAUCCAACCAAAAAGACUACACAGAAAAAGUAACACCUGUUGAGCGACCCAAGCGUAGGCGCACGUGGACAAAGGAGGACUUCGAAAAGUUUUAUUCAACGGAGGAGCUCGAAAAAAUUACUACUUCACAGGAGGAAUACAAGACAUACGAAGAAAUCGAUGUAAGGCAGCAGAGAAUUAUAAGACAUGAUAAUUUGCAUAUGGAAGGUACAUUUGAUAGUCUUACUGUGUCUCAUGAUACUUACGGGCCAAAACAUUCUGAGAGACCUAAGCAAAAGAAGCCAAUUGACAAUUUAAAACCCGAAGGUGAGUUUGAGCAGCCGAAACAGGAUGAGUGGCGACCAGCAGAGCGUGUAACACAGAAGAAACCCAAAGACAAUUUGAAACCCGAAGGUGACUUCGAACAGCCAAAACAUGAAGAAUGGCGUCCCGCAGAGCGUGUCACACAAAAGAAACCGCAGGACAAUCUUAGGCCUGAAGGAGAAUUUGAGCAGCCCAAGCAUGAUGAAUGGCGUCCAGCUGAAAGACAAACCCCAACCAAACCUAAGGAUAAUUUGAAACCAGAGGGUGACUUUGAACAACCAAAACACGAUGAAUGGCGUCCGGCAGAGCGUGUAACUCAAAAGAGACCCCAAGAUAACCUUAAACCAGAGGGUGACUUUGAACAACCGAAGCAUGACGAAUGGCGUCCCGCAGAGCGUGUUACGCAGAAAAAGCCCAAGGAUAACCUUAAACCUGAAGGCGAAUUCGAACAGCAGAAACCAGAUGAGUGGCGCCCAGCCGAAAGGCAAACACCGAAGAAACCAAAAGAUAACCUACGCCCCGAGGGUGAAUUUGAAACUCCUAAACAAGAUGAAUGGCGUCCUGCUGAACGUGUCACACAAAAGAAACCUAAAGAUAACCUUAAGCCCGAAGGUGAAUUUGAACAACCCAAACAUGACGAAUGGCGGCCUGCUGAAAGACAAACACCGUCUAAACCAAAGGACAACUUAAAGCCUGAAGGUGAAUUCGAACAACCGAAACACGACGAGUGGCGUCCCGCAGAACGUGUAACUCAGAAAAAGCCUAAGGAUAACCUUAAACCUGAAGGUGAAUUCGAAAAACCAAAACACGACGAAUGGCGUCCCGCUGAAAGGCAAACACCCACUAAACCGAAAGACAACCUUAAGCCUGAAGGUGACUUUGAACAACCGAAACACGAUGAAUGGCGUCCAGCUGAACGCGUCACUCAAAAGAAGCCCCAAGAUAAUCUUAAGCCAGAGGGUGACUUUGAACAACCAAAGCACGACGAAUGGCGUCCUGCAGAACGUGUCACGCAAAAGAAACCUAAAGAUAAUCUCAAACCUGAAGGUGAAUUUGAGCAACCCAAACACGACGAGUGGCGUCCGGCUGAAAGACAAACACCUUCCAAACCCAAGGACAACUUGAAACCAGAAGGUGACUUUGAGCAGCCUAAGCAUGACGAGUGGCGUCCAGCAGAGCGCGUAACCCAAAAGAAGCCUCAAGAUAACCUUAAACCAGAGGGUGACUUUGAACAACCGAAGCAUGAUGAAUGGCGUCCCGCAGAGCGUGUUACGCAGAAAAGGCCCAAGGAUAACCUUAAACCUGAAGGCGAAUUCGAACAGCAGAAACCAGAUGAGUGGCGCCCAGCCGAAAGGCAAACACCGAAGAAACCAAAAGAUAACCUACGCCCCGAGGGUGAAUUUGAAACUCCCAAACAAGAUGAAUGGCGUCCUGCUGAACGUGUCACACAAAAGAAACCUAAGGAUAACCUUAAGCCUGAAGGUGAAUUUGAGCAGCCGAAGCAUGAAGAAUGGCGUCCCGCUGAAAGACCGGUCCAAAAGAAACCACAAGAUAACCUGAAACCUGAAGGAGAGUUUGAACAACCUAAGCAUGACAAGUGGCAACCCGCAGAAAGGCAGACGCCUACAAAACCAAAAGACAACUUACGGCCUGAAGGUGAGUUUGAGACUCCUAAACACGAUGAAUGGCGUCCUGCUGAACGAGUCACUCAAAAGAAACCUAAGGAUAACCUUAAGCCCGAAGGUGAUUUCGAACAGCCGAAACACGAUGAAUGGCGUCCCGCAGAACGUGUUACGCAGAAGAAGCCCAAGGAUAACCUCAAACCCGAAGGUGAAUUUGAGCAACCCAAACACGACGAGUGGCGACCGGCUGAAAGACAAACGCCUACUAAACCUAAGGACAACCUAAAACCUGAAGGUGACUUUGAGCAGCCUAAGCAUGACGAGUGGCGUCCAGCCGAGCGCGUAACCCAAAAGAAGCCUAAGGACAACCUUAAGCCAGAAGGUGAAUUUGAACAACCGAAACACGAUGAAUGGCGCCCGGCUGAAAGACAAACGCCAAGGAAACCAAAGGAUAACUUACAUCCUGAAGGUGAAUUCGAAACACCCAAGCAUGAUGAAUGGCGCCCUGCUGAACGUGUCACGCAAAAGAAACCUAAAGAUAAUCUCAAACCUGAAGGUGAAUUUGAACAACCCAAACAUGAUGAGUGGCGACCCGCUGAAAGACCAGUCCAAAAGAAACCACAAGAUAACCUGAAGCCUGAAGGAGAGUUCGAACAGCCUAAGCAUGAUAAGUGGCGACCUGCUGAACGACAGACGCCUACCAAGCCGAAAGAUAAUUUACGGCCUGAAGGAGAUUUUGAAACUCCUAAGCAAGAGGAAUGGCGGCCAGCUGAACGAGUCACACAAAAGAAACCUAAAGAUAAUCUUAAGCCUGAGGGUGAAUUUGAACAACCGAAGCACGAUGAAUGGCGUCCCGCUGAGAGGCAAACACCUAAGAAGCCUAAAGAUAAUUUGAAACCUGAAGGUGAAUUUGACACUCCUAAACAUGACGAAUGGCGCCCAGCUGAAAGAGUAACUCAAAAACGGCCAAAGGAUAAUUUGAAGCCUGAAGGAGAGUUUGAACAACCGAAGCAUGAUGAAUGGCGUCCUGCUGAACGUCAAACACCUAAGAAACCUCAGGAUAAUCUACGUCCAGAGGGUGAAUUUGAGACGCCUAAACCCGACAAGUGGCGUCCUGCUGAGAGACCAACCCAAAAGAAGCCACAAGAUAAUCUCAAACCAGAAGGUGAAUUUGAGCAACAUAAGCCUGACGAAUGGCGACCAGCAGAGAGGCCUAUUCAAAAGAAGCCUAAAGACAACUUAAAACCAGAGGGUGAUUUCGAGAAACCCAAACAUGACGAGUGGAGACCUGCUGAAAGGCAGACGCCUAAAAAACCACAAGACAACUUGAGACCUGAAGGUAAAUUUGAAACUCCCAAACAGGAUGACUGGCGUCCCGCUGAAAGACCUGAAGUCAAAAAACCUAAAGACAAUUUGAAACCAGAAGGAGAAUUUGAGAAACCCAAAAAGGAUAAAUGGGAACCAGCUGAAAGGCAAACUCCGAAAAAGCCACAAGAUAAUCUUAAGCCCGAAGGAAAGUUUGAGCGACCCGAAAAACCAAAACAUGUUACCGGUGAAAGACCAGUGCAGAAGAAGCCAGAAGAUAACCUUAAACCUGAAGGAGAUAUGGACGUCGUUCGAAGAACAGAUUAUACAGCUACUCGAGGAGAUCGCGUUGACGUCGUUAAGCACGAAGAUCAUCUUAGAAUGGAAGGAACCAUCGAUAUUCAUCGCUCUAGAGAUGAUUAUAAACGUAUCGAGAAAACGGAGAAAGUUGUUAUACAAAGACACGAAGACAACUUGAGAACUGAAGGUGAAUUCAUUGAUCUUACAGUUCGUAAUGAUUACAGUGCUACUAAAGGUGAAAGGGCACCUGUUGUAAGACCACAGGAUAACCUUAAACCGGACGGCAAAUUUUACAAGCCAGAAGUGGUUCCAUCUCAACCAGCUGAAAAACGUAAGCCUUUUAAGCAGGUUGACAAUAUUACCAUUGAGAGGGAUGUUGAUCUACGACAGAGGCAAAAAAUUGAACGACUUGAUAUCAUUAGAAGAGAAGAUAACCUUAAGAUUGAAGGUGAAUUUAUAGACAUGAAACAAAAAACAGAUUACACUAAAGUCACCGGUGAACGCGCUGCUAUCGUGAAACAUGAAGAUAAUUUAAAAAUGGAAGGAACUAUGGAAAAUAUCCGAUCAUCCGACACAUAUCGUGUUGUUAAAGGUCAACGAGUCAAACUUACUCGCAGAGAAGAUAAUCUGAAAAUCGAAGGAGUAUUUGAAGAUCAUACUCGCAGAGAUGAUUACAAGGUAACUAAAGGAGAACGAUCAGCUAUAGUAUAUCAUCGAGAUAACUUAAAACCCGAGGGUGAGUUUGAAAAACGGCCAAGGGAAGAGUUGGAACCUGGUGAAAGACGAACACCGCUUAAGCAACCAGAUCAUUUAAGACCUGAGGGCGAUUUCGACAGGCCUUCAAGACCAAAAUGGGAAACAACAGAACGACCAGAUAUCAUUAAACACCCAGAUAAUCUACGCCCUGAAGGUGAUUUCCCGAGCCGACCCAAAACUCAAUGGCAGAAAGGAGAAACGCCAGAACAAGUUCGACCGAAAGAUAACUUGAAACCCGAAGGCGAUUUCGAUAGACCUUCAAGGCCAAAAUGGGAGACAUCAGAAAGACCUGAACAGGUACGACCUAAGGACAAUUUGCAUCCUGAAGGCGAAUUUACAGACAGGCCGAAAACUAAAUGGCAACCUGGAGAAACACCAAGUCAAGUUCGUCCUAAGGAUAAUUUGAGACCUGAAGGCGAUAUGGAAUCACGUACCCCGAAAAAAUGGGCUCCGGGUGAAACACCUGCACAAGUUCGUCCAAAAGAUAAUUUGAAACCAGAGGGUGAUUUUGACAGACCUUCAAAACCAACUUGGGCAUCUGCAGACAGACCAGACCAGGUCAGGCCAAAGGAUAACUUACGUCCUGAAGGCGAUUUUACUGAUAGACCAAAGACCCAUUGGCAACCUGGAGAAACACCAAGUCAAGUACGUCCGAAAGAUAACCUAAAACCGGAAGGCAGCAUGGAUUCACGAACUCCUACUAAAUGGGCACCGGGUGAAACACCAGCUCAAGUUAGACCUAGAGAUAACUUGAAGCCAGAAGGUGAGUUUGAUCGACCUUCAAAACCGAAGUGGACAUCUGGUGAUAGGCCGGACCAGGUGAGGCCGAGGGACAACUUACGCCCUGAAGGAGAAUUUACUGACAGGCCAAAGACUCAAUGGCAACCUGGAGAAACACCUUCACAAGUUCGUCCUAAAGACAAUUUACAUCCGGAGGGUGAUAUGGUUUCAAGGACGCCAUCUAAGUGGGCACCUGGAGAAACACCCUCACAAGUUCGUCCGAAAGACAACUUAAAACCUGAAGGUGACUUUGAACGACCUGGGCCUAACCAAUGGCGCCCUGCAGACAAGUCUGGGCCUAUAAAACCAAAAGACAACCUUUACACAAAUGGAGACAUCACUAAGCAUGACACUAGCAAAACGCUAUCAAGUGAGACGUCAAAGAAGUCUGUAGUAUCAAAGUCUGUUAUUGGACAAGAUGAUCAUGACAUCAAAUCUCAAACUACUUCACGUCACGAUACCCAAGUUCAUCGCGAUAAUCAGACUCAUACAUCCCAUCGGGAGACCCACGUUAAGCACUCACACGUUACUACUGAUCAUUCUACUUCUAAACAUUUUCAAUCCGGAACACACGGCAAACAUAUAACAACACACGAUGCUGUUGAUCACACUGGAACCCAAAAGCAUGUAGAACGAGUUCCGUCACAAGAAAGUGUUACUGAUAGGAACAAGGUAGUGGGUGUUACAGAUCGUUCUGUUUCUCGCAGCAGUACAGACAGGACAAUAGUAAACAGAAGUGACACCAAAAACGUAAAAACCGUCACUACAACCACUACGAAAACUAUUAAGCAAAUAUCAGAAAAGAAACUAAGGGGUGGUAAGUGGGUGACAGUCACACGAAAUGUUGAAGUGGAUGUGACUGAUGAUUCCGGAAAAUACGCUCCCCAGCAGUCUACUCCAAAGAGAGAACCAGACGAUCGUACGAACCGCCCACGACAUGUUGAAGGAGAUAAUACUCAAAGAAUCGUUUCAUCUUCAAGUAAUCAAGCUAUCCAUACAACACAUGGAGGAAAAGGAACUACUAUUAUUGAUCAGCAACACUCAAGAACGAACCAGCAAUAUAUUGAUAACACACAACGCAUACAUUCGUCACAGCAAUCUGUAACUUCAUCGACCUCAAGUCAAAAUGUAACUUCCAAUCAACAUCAUUCACAGAGGACCACAGGCAGUUCCAACAUAAUUCGAGACGUACAUUCAGGACAAAAUGUUACAAAAUCUACCCAGCAAACAACUAGUGAUGGACAUGUUAUCAGGGGUGGAGAUACAACUCAAAGAAUUGUCUCCUCUGAUUAUAAUGGCAAACAGCCUAAUCAAGGUCAUGUAUCUGAAAGCCAUAUUCAACGAAAUGUAAGCUCAUCGACACAAGUACAUAAAGGAAGUCAUUCGGAGCAACACAUUUCGAGGUCGACCCACCAUUCGACCAACAGAAACCAAUUGAGUGACAGCGUAACAAAGACGAGCAUUGAAUUCCAAAGAGCUAUGCACGGCGGUGGUGGCAACGAUCCUCCAGCCAGCGCUAUAGAUAGCUCCUCACGUAGUGGUCAUCAUAAACGUACAUCAGAUUUGGUCUCAGACUCAUCUUCUUCAAAUUCAAUACUGCAUCGUAAGGGCGUUCAUUCAAACACUGAAGCUCAUCAUUCGAUUAGCUCUACGGCUGCUGCUCAGAGAAAGAGCAUUGGAAAUCUUUCAGAGCGUGGUGAAUACAUCAGCAACUCCACGCACAGCACGGACAGAAAAAGCAUCAGUUCCAUGCAUAGAUCUACCAGAGACAACAUGGCUGUUAUUUCUCAGCACGAGAGUACCGAUUCUCGCCGUAACCAAACAAGAAGAGAUGGCCAGUCCACACUAACAACUGAACGCCAGCCUACACGAGUUGUUAGAGACAACCUCAGAGUCGGUGGUGACUUUUAUGGACAAUCGGAGGCGCGGUACGGAAGUUUCUCACGCUCAGAGCAUGCUCAGAACAGAACAGACCGUACUGAACGAGUGGAGCGCGUCGAGCGGGUCACCCGCCACGGAAAUGCUUCGCACUUCGUCUUAGGUGACGGCAGCACUAGUUACAAGCGGGAAUUUACUUCUCAUGUCCAUGGAACAUGCCCAGCAACCUUGAUCGACUCGAGUCGUACUCCUUUUAAACACACGCGUGAUUCUAGGGAACAUAAGUUUUACGCUACAAAAAUAACUCAGCAACAAUAAACUAUUGUUUUAACCUGAGCCGAGAAAAGGCUAAAAAUAUUUCAUUCCUUAUUUUAUGAAGCUUAUUAUAAUCCUGUUAAUGUUAUUAUUUUCUAUUCGCAAGCUAACUGCUAGUCUUAAUAAUUAUGAUUAACAUACUUUAUAUGUAUAAUAUGCAUAAUGUAAUUCUUAAUUUGUUAAUUUAACAAGUUUAUAUUUUAUUUUUGUCAAACAUUGCCAUGCAAUAAACUUUUAUAUUAUUAAU